CUCAUUCUCUCUCUAAGUCCCUUCUCUUUCUCUUGACCAGAACGGUGAAUAAUUUCCUUCAUCAUCUCACAUGGCACUAUUCUCUCCGUUGAAGUUAUUGCCGGCGGUGCUGGCUCUGUUUCUGGCGGUGAGCCAGAAACAGAGUCUCUGUUCGACGCUCGAGAGCGAAGGUUUGGCGCUGCUGGCGUUGAAGGAGAGUGUGGUGACAGACCCGCAGGGGGCUUUAUCAAGCUGGAGUGGCGAAAAUGGAGACGUUAUGGAUCCAUGCUCGUGGUUCGGUGUGGAGUGCUCUUCUCACGGUAAUGUCGUGACCUUGAAUUUGAAAGACCUUUGUCUUGAAGGAACACUAGCACCAGAAGUUGGAAUGCUGGCUCACAUAAAAUCAAUCAUUUUGCGCAACAAUUCUUUUUUUGGAGAAAUUCCUGAGGAGAUCAUAUACUUACAGGAGUUGGAAGUCCUUGACUUGGGACAUAACAACUUCAGUGGAUCACUUCCAUUUGACCAUGGCAAUAUGCCAUCCCUGACCACUCUCCUAUUGGACAACAAUUACCAUCUGACCAACUUAACUCCAGAGCUGUAUAAGCUCAAGAUGAAUUCUGAAUUUCGUGCUAAUGAAGAACAACUUACCGGUGCCACCACUACUAGAGAAGCAUAUGUUGGCAGAUGUAGUUUAUGGCACCUUGGCCAACAUGGGGAUAGAGCAGACCGGAGGCAACUUCUCAAAGUAGCAAAUGUUGCUAGUACACCCAAAAUUCAAAGGCAUGUUAACCAAGGGAUACUUAAACAAUUAGCAUCGCAUUUCCCUUUUGCAUUACCACCAAAUUUUGAACCUUUCUCAUCACCACCAUCACUUUCACCGUCAGAAAGUCCCUCAUAUUCGCCAUCACCUUCUCCCUCAGAUAGUUUUUUCACUCCUUCUCCCUCUCCUUCGCCUGUAGUGUUACUAACUCCAGACGUAUCACCACCAAUAAACACUCCUCUCACUGUACCUACACCACCAGUUAAUUGGGUUCCAGCACCUAGCCCUUCUCCAUUUUCUACCCAAGGGAACACGUACAAUUCCAAUCAAAUACAUCACUCGGCGAUAAUCUGGUCUGCGGUUGGGGGUUUCUCUUUAUUGAUUUUGAUGUCAGCCAUUACUUUUGCUUGCUUCCGAAGUAGGAAGGUUGUGACUGUUAAACCUUGGUCCACAGGAUUGAGUGGCCAGCUGCAGAAAGCCUUUGUAAAAGGUGUGCCAAGUCUCAAACGAGGAGAAAUUGAAGCAGCUUGUGAAUAUUUCAGCAACAUUAUCGGUUCGCUUCCUGAUGGAACUGUGUAUAAGGGGACUCUCUCCAGUGGAGUCGAGAUAGCUGUAGCAUCCUCUGCUGUGAACACAGCUCAAAAAUGGUCAAAAAGCAUGGAAGCUCAAUUUCGAAAUAAGAUAGCAACAUUAUCUAGAGUGAAUCACAAGAAUUUUGUGAAUCUAAUUGGGUACUGUGAAGAGAAUAAGCCGUUCUCAAGAAUGAUGGUGUUUGAGUACGCUCCAAAUGGAACACUCUUUGAGCAUAUACACAUUAGAGAAGCAGAAGAACUAAAUUGGACUAUGAGAAUGAGGAUAGCUAUGGGAAUAGCCUACUGCCUAGAGUAUAUGCAUGACCUAAAACCCUCCAUUGCCCAUAGAAACCUGCAAUCUUCAUUUAUAUACCUUACUGAAGAUUAUGCUGCUAAAAUAUCAGACCUUAGCUUAUGGAAUGACAUGUGUGCUGCAAAUAAUGGGUCUGCAACCACACAACUCCUGGAAACAUCAUCAGCAGAUGCCAAGGACAAUGUUUACAGCUUCGGAAUAAUAUUGUUUGAGUUGAUUACGGGGAAAAUCCCCAUUGCCGGGAACAAUGAUCUUCUUGCAGAUUGGGCAGCAGAAUAUUUAAGGUGGGGGAAAUCCUUGAGAGAUGUUGUGGAUCCAAGACUGAACUCUUUGCAGGAAGAAGAGAUUGAAGAAUGGUCUGAAGUGAUGAGAAACUGUGUACAACCAGAUCGAGAGAAAAGGCCAACUAUGAAAGAAGUUACAUCUAGACUCAAGGAAAUAACAGCUAUGGGGCCUGAUGGAGCAAACCCAAAGGCAUCACCACUUUGGUGGGCAGAAAUGGCAAUUACGUCCACUGAUUCAAGUUGAGACAUUGAUAUUAUUACCCGAAUAAAAGUGGAAUGAUAAUUUGUACAGUUACUCUAAAUUUGGUAUUCCUGCACUUUUGAAGUAUUUAUGUUUAUACUAAUGUUUUUUAAACUAUAAGUUUGAAGCCAACAGAAAAAGAUGUAAAGAACAAAUAACAUUUGCCUCAUUCUAGAGGAAUUGAUUUCUGUUAAUGUUUGAAGGGGCAGAGAGUGCUUCCUUAAUAAUCUCUAUUGAAUAUUACUUGGGGAAACUGCUGUCCGGACAGGGAAAGGACUGUGUUACGUUUGUCUAUACGAGAAGGAAACACAUUCACUUUU